CGGUGCACUAGCCGUGUCGAGAAUUCGAGAUCGCCCGAUCGAGUUGGACUCCAAUCGAAAACGGAAAAGUGACUCAAUCAAGGAGAAAAUUGUCAACCACAAGUGAAGUCCUGUGCUCUCGGACCAUGUCCUCAGAUUGUGUUUCGUCUGACACUGAAGGUAGUCCAGCCCCAUGUUCAUCCCCUGCAGAUCCAUCGUGGUGGUCCGACUCUGACGGUCGCCGUUCGGCGCGAGAUGUGCAAGACGUUGACGAAUCACCAUGGUGGGACUCAGAAUGUGAACCUGUUCAGCAGCAGGUUCGCAGCGACAGUCCAAACUUCUCCCCGAGUCCUUGUGAUGAAGACUCCAGCGCAUCGUCCGUUACUCCGACUUGGUGGUCCGAACCUUCCUCCAGACAGCUCAGCACGACGGCCAACGAGAUAGAGGUUGACAGUGGAAGAGAAAGGAGCACGCUCAAGUCUAGUGAUGGGACAGGGAGCGAGGCGGAACGAGGUUGUGACGGAGAUGAGAUAAAACUGUCAAUGGCAUUGAAGAACCGAAAGCGACCAAGAGAACAGUCAAAUGUCUCAAACAUUUGCCAGAAGGAGCCCCCACUCAGCAAGCCAAAGCUGGAACCUCCAUCGCCUCACGCCGACCCAAACGCCAUCCUUCAGGACCUCAAGAAAGGCAUCUGCAGGCCUCUACAGUCAUUCUUCCUUUUCUUCACCGUCGAUCUCCUCACCAAAAUCUGCGACUUGACCAACGUAGAUGCCUGGAAGAGGAUUCUGGAGGAGCCCUCAUUCGCUAGCGAGGACGGCUCUUGGGAAGAGGUGACAGUGAAGGAGAUGUACGCUUUCCUCGCUGUCGUCUUGAUCAUGCGAGGGCAGCAGGAUGUUUGCUUCGGAGCCUUCUGGCGGGAGCAGCCAGAUCAGGGGAGCCACUGGCCACGAGAUCUAAUGAAGCGCAGUCGCUUCUUCACGCUUCUGCAAGUUCUCCGACUCACCGAUCACACGGAAGAAGACACUGCAGUUGAGAAGCCAAACCAACAAACUGGAACAGAAAACCAUACUGAACAGACACAAUCCGCCUUUGUUAAAGAUGGGUCCCCUUUGAAGGAACUGAAAUAUGCCUUUGAUCAAUUGGAGAGAAUAUUUAAGGUCUUCUUUGCUCAGUUUGAGUUUGAGUGUUAUGCUGAGAUCUCGUUGAGAGAUGGACAAGGAUAUCAGGGAGAUAUACGUAACUACAUGAAGAUACUUUCACCGUCUUGUGAAGUAUCUUUGGAUGGAACAUUGAACUUGUCGUCAAGGAAGUCUGGUGAGGAAGUAGACGGAUUGAAUUUGGGGAAGUCAACUUCGGGUGAGACUCCUUGCAAUGGAACACUAACGGCGCUAGAAAGUGAACAAUCAUACCGGAUCGUUGGGACAAAACGGACUGAGCCAAAGUCGGCCAACAGGCAAAAUGCUUCCAAAUUGAGGGCCGAAAAUUGUGAAGAGGGUGAAAAAGAGUUGGACCAUGCAUUGAGUGGCUCAAAGAAAGUGCCCUCUGUUGAAAGUGACGACAAUGGUGAUCCGAAGACAGCACACAUCUCAAAUGUCGUCAAUGUGAGAUGGCAUGAUACCUCUCUAAAUGUGACUACUGCCAGAGCCACUCCUGCAAAACUCCUGUCAAUCAAGGAUGUAAGUGAAGACGGAAUGAUAAAGCCGCAAUCCUGGCAAGAGGUCUUCAUACCAUGCGAAGAAUUGGUUUACAAAGACCUUUUCACCAAAACCCCUGAUACUACCAACUCAGACUCCGCAGAAUGUUCAAGUGGCCAUGUCCUCGGGAAAUCGUUCUUUUACCACUACCUCCAUCUAGCUGUUUACUUUUCAACAUCCGAAGACAUCGGGAGUCUUUACUCCGCAUCAGAGGGGAUGCUAACUGAAUCAGAUUCCUUAGAACAGAUUAUAGAGGGCUUGGUUUUGCUGGGUAAACCUGAUUCUGUUGUACAGUCGGGCUCAGACACUGACAUGACUGAAGCAGACACAAGUCACGACUCGACGUCCACCGAUCAAAGCGACAGUGCGGAUGAAGAUGACAGCAAGGACCGCAAAUCGCACAAGUACGUGCAGGCCAGGAGCCAAAUGAGCCGCAAGUGCGCCCUCUGCUGGUCGCUACACCAGGAGUUGCGUCGCGUGCACACGCGCUGUACGCGCUGUGGCUGGCACCUCUGUCUGUCGCGGUUCCGCAACUGCAUGGAAGAGGCGCACCAAGACGAGGAGAUAAUGAAGCAACUGUGGGAUAAGGAAACCGGUGAUGCACAGAUUAUCAUUGAUGUGAUGCAAGCAGAAAAACAAUGAUCUUUUCCCAAAGAAAACAAAAAACUUGUAGAGGAUGAAACAACUUUAAAUGCCAAUUUACACAUACGCGUACACUAUACACAUACACUGUCAUGCGACAAUGUCGUGCUUUUUAUAAAUACGCACAAAUGAAUGAGUGAUACGAUGCAGGACUUAGUCACGUAAAUGUAAACACACUCAUUGAUUUGUGUAUAUUUAUAAAAAAAAAACGUAGAACAUUGUUGUGCGACAAAGACAAGUACAUGUACAUGUAUGUAUGUGUAAAAUUUGCCCCAAAAGUAGGACACCAGAGAUGUGCUAAAUACCAGUAAUGUGAUUGAGGCAGUAUAA